UCAUCAGGCACCCCGUGUCCCUGGAGCAGGUCUGGGGGAUUUGGGAACCUGUUCAUCAGGCACCCCGUGUCCCUGGAGCAGUACCUGAUGGAGGGCAGCUACAACAAAGUGUUCCUGGCCAAGGGCAACAUCCCAGCAGAGAGCUACACCUUCUUCAUCGACAUCCUGCUGGACACCAUCAGGGAUGAGAUCGCUGGCUGCAUCGAGGCCGCCUACGAGCGCAUCCUGUUCCCUGAGGCCGCGCGGAUCCUGUUCUUCAGCUCGCCCCGAAAAAUGACCGAGUACGCCAAGAAGCGGGGCUGGGUGUUGGGCCCCUCCAACUAUUACAGUUUUGGGGGUCGGCAGCAGAAGGCUGAGGAUCCCCCGAUCCCCUCCACGGAAUUGGCCACGCAGGUGAUCGAGUACGCCCGGCAGCUGGAGAUGAUCGUCUGAGGGCCCAAAAAAUUCACAUUUCCCCUCCAGUCCCUUUUCCCCACUGCCUUUCUCAACGUUUAAAGUGUUGUUUUUGGGUUUUUUUUUGUUUUUUUUUGGUGGGGGUUUAACUGUUUCAAUUGUGAUUUGGGCCUCCCCUCACACAACGACCCCCCCCCCCCCAAAACCCCCAUUUGUUCUCCUUAUUUCCCUUAUUUUAUUGCGUUUUUCAGUGGGGGGUUUUCAAGGGCUUUAAAUAUUUUUUUUGGGGGGGGUAAUGUAUUUAAAAGUGGUCGUUGGGGGCGUCUCAAACUCCUGGGACCCCCAAAAUCCUCCUUUAUUCCCAUUUUUCCUUUGUAUUUUGUUGUAUUCCUGGGGCCAGUCUUGAUGUGGGGGAACCCAAAACCCCCUCGGACCCCCAAAAUCCCCCUUUCAACUCCCGUUUUCCCCCACAUUAUUUUGAGAUUUAACAAUUUAAAACGUUCUUUUGGCGGCUCCCCGGUGUGUGGGGAUUUGGAGACCCCUCCCUGCCGCACCCCCAUUUCGGGCAGUAGUGGGGGGGCUGAGCCCCUCCCUCAAAAGAAUGUACCCUAAAAUAUUGUUCCAAUAAAGUGCUGGA